AUGGGAUCCAGAAGAUACGAUUCUAGGACAACUAUUUUCUCGCCCGAGGGCAGAUUGUAUCAAGUUGAGUAUGCAUUAGAGUCUAUUUCGCAUGCUGGUACGGCGAUUGGGAUUAUGACAGAGAAAGGGAUUGUGCUAGCGGCAGAACGGAAGGUAACAUCUAAGCUUUUAGAGCAGGACACGUCGAGUGAGAAGUUGUACAAGUUGAACGACAACAUUACGGUUGCGGUUGCAGGGUUGACAGCAGAUGCUGAGAUUCUAAUAAAUACGGCGAGAGUGCAGGCGCAGAACUACUUGAAGACGUACAACGAGGAGAUUCCAGUUGAGAUGUUGGUGAGAAGGCUUUCUGAUUUGAAGCAGGGGUACACGCAGCACGGUGGGCUCAGACCGUUUGGUGUUUCGUUCAUCUAUGCCGGGUAUGAUGACAGAUAUGGGUACCAAUUGUACACGUCGAAUCCAUCUGGGAAUUAUUCGGGGUGGAAGGCGAUUUCUGUUGGUGCGAACACGCAAGCGGCUCAGACGUUGCUCCAGAUGGACUACAAGGACGACAUUACCUUGGAGGGCGCCGUGGAACUUGCGUUGAAGACGUUGUCGAAGACUACAGAUGCGAGUGCGUUGACGUAUGAGAGGUUGGAAUUCGCCACGAUCAGCAAGGAUUCCGAGGGUAACAUACGCCAAAAGAUCUACAAGCCUACCGAGAUUGCUGCACUAUUGGAGAAGACCGAGAUAGUCAAGAAGGAUGAGGAGGAGGAGUAG